CGAUCUGCAGGCCUCUGCAGCCCACAGCUAACCUCACCCGUCACCACAAGCAAUAGCAGGCAGAGCCUGCAGAUCAGAUUCGCAGACGGAAACAUGAAGCCCAGGUCUUGUUCUUCCAGCAUCAGCAGCGCGCUGCUCGUGCUGCUGCUAUGCUGCCUCUGCAGCUCCGUCGCGAGGUCCCAGACGGCCGACUCGUGCGGCUCCGGUUCCAGCCUCGCCGCCGUCAGCCGCCUCAUCCCCUUCGACACCUCCAACCUCACCUGCUUCGACGCCUGGCCCUCCCAAGGUUUCAUCGUGCGCUACGGGAAGAGCGGGCAGGACACGUGGAGCUUCGUACUGUCGGCGCCGGACGCGGACGGGUACGUGUCGGUGGGGUUCUCGUCCAACGGCGCCAUGGUGGGGAGCAGCGCUGUGGCCGGGUGGACGACCGGCGGCGGCGUCGGGGUGGCGAAGCAGUACCGGCUGGGCGGGACGAGCCCGGGGAGCUGCCCGCCGGACCAGGGCAGCCUGGCGCUGCUCCCCGGCUCCACGCUCCUGGCUGCUCAGUCAUCCCGCCUCCACCUCGCCUUCCAGUUCACCGCCGCGCGCCCGGCGCCGUUCCUCAUCUACGCCGUCGGCCCCUCGGGGGCCCAGCUCUCCAACAACUACCUCGUGCGGCACCGCAGCUACGGCUCCGCCGCCGUCGACUACGCCACCGGCGUGGCGUCCAGCGCGGGCGGCGGCGCGUCGUCGUUCGACGCGAGGAAGUGGCACGGCGCGAUGGCCGGGCUCGGGUGGGGCGUGCUCAUGCCGGUGGGCGUCGCACUGGCGCGCUACUUCAAGCGGCACGACCCGUUCUGGUUCUACGCGCACAUCUCCGUGCAGGGGGUCGGGUUCGUGCUAGGCGCGGCGGGGGUCGUGGCCGGGUUCAGGCUGAACGACGACGACGUCCCCGGCGCCGACAGCCACCAGGCGCUCGGCGUCGCCGUCCUCGUCUUCGGCUGCCUGCAGGUGCUGGCGUUCCUGGCGCGGCCGGGCAAGGGGUCCAAGGUGCGGCGGUACUGGAACUGGUACCACCACUACGUCGGCCGCGCCGCCGUGGCGUGCGCCGUCGCCAACGUCUUCGUCGGGCUGUCCGUCGCGCACGAGGCCUCCGCCGCUGGCGCCUUCUACGGCGUCUCCCUCGCGGUCUGGGUCCUCGCCUCGGUUGUUCUCGAGGUCAGGCUCUGGAGGUCCGCCGCUUGAUCCGGCGAUCGACGACCAUUCGACUUCGGAGAUUCAUGUACACCGUUAUGUUACGCGAGUGUAGCCUCUCGUCGUCUGCAUUACUAUACCUUGUAGGUGCUUGUUGUAUGAGCGUAGAUGAUUUGUUUUCGUCGAGAUAUACAUUGUUGA